CAGCAUACAUUUUUAUAUCCCGUCUUGAACACAGUUAAGUUUUUCUUAAAUGGUUCUAAUAGAUUCUGAAAGUAUAUAAAGUUGCCAGGGAAAGUUUUAUUUUUCAAUAUGUAUUUACUUAUUUUGUUCUUUUUCAGUUUCAGAUGAAACCCAAAGUCAAGGCAGUGAAGGAGAGUCAGUAUCCAGUUAUUGGUCUUCUGUUAUAGAUGAAACUUUAAGAAGUUCACAGAUUUUGUAUGAUGAUAGUAUUGCAAGUCAUGAGCAAGACAGGGAGAAUCAUAUUCCGUUAAUUUGUGAGCGACUUCAUGCAUCUGUGGAGAAACUGCUAAAGCUAGUUGUGGAAUCUGAUUUGAAGGUAAUGCGUGAGCAAAUGUCCCAAUUAAAAUCUCUGGGGUUUGUCAUGAGUGAGGAAGAAGUAAUAAAUAGAUUGACCAAUGAAGGGGUGCUUUGCCAGAAGUUUUGCAUAUGUUUUAACAGCCUGUGGCAAUUAAGAGGGAGAUAUGGCCUUAAGGGAAUCUUUACAUUUACCAUACAAAGAGGUGUUACAGCAGCAGCAUUAUGUUAAUCGCAUUCAGAUUUCUGCUUUUCAAGCUAAGCAGGAUGAGAUGAGAGACAGAAUCCCAGAAGUCCACAGUGAUCAAGUGCUGAAACAGCAAAUUGAGGCUAAGCAUGAGGCUCUUGUUAAUAAAGAGAAGGAGAAUGCAAUUUUAAUUAAUCAGAUAGAAUCUUUAGAGAGAGACUUGCAAAGUAAAUCUGAAGAAUUAUUACAGAUAAACAUUCAGUUGGACCUGCAAGUGAAAGCCAGCACUUCUAAAGUCAGCAGUUUGCAAGAUGAGAUUAUUCAACUGAAGAAUAUCAUCACCAAUUUGCAAGAAUUCAUGAGGAUUGAUCCAUAUAGCACUUCCUCUGUGAUGCAGUUACAUCAGGCAUUGAUAGAAGAGAAGAAUGAAGAAAUUGACCAUUUAAAUGAGCAGGUUUUGAGAUUACAACAAGAACAUGAUUUAAACAAGAACCUUUUACAAAAGGUCUAUGAAGAGGCUUGUCUGGUUCUUAGUCUUUCUGAGAAGUAUGGCAGCUCUUCCAAAUUGAAUAUUAAUACAAAGCUCAGUGCUGUUGAGAGUCGGCAACUGGAGAAACAAGAUUUUCAGAAAAUUCUACAGUCUUAUAAAGAAACGAUAUCCAAAGUGUUUGACAACAGUGACAAGGAACAGAAGCAGAAAGAAGCUCAGGGAAAUCUUGCUGCGGACAGAAGAAGUAUGUUAGUGGAGAUCCAGAAUCUACAGGCAGAGUUAAGAAUUUCCAACCUUCAGAAUCAAGAGAAACUGCAGAAACUCCAAAGCCGCUUACACAUCACUGAAGAGCAAGGAAACAAGAGAGAACAUCAGCUCCGCAGACAAGCUGAACUAUUAAAGUACAAGCUACAGCAGGAGCAGGCAAUAGUAAAUGACUUGCAAAACUCAUUGAAAUGUGAACAGGACAGAUCAGCUGAACUCCGGUCUCACUUUAGAUCUGAACAAGAUGCAGUUGCUGACUUGAAACGAGAGCUUCUUGCAGUGAACCAAACAUUAGAAACGUCACUGAAGAAAGAGCAUGACCUGCAAAAGGAGCUUGAAAAUCUCAGGUGCAGUUGUCUCUCUGGUCCUCUUCUGUUUUGCUGUCAUUCCAAAGUAUGCUUACGAUAUUGACUGUGAAUAUAAAUAAAAAAUAAAAACAAAAAACAGCCAGCAUUUCCUUUGUGUUCCAGAACUGAAAUUUUAUAAC